AUGACGUCCGUGGAGCCGAUUGCCCUGAUCGGCAUCGGAUGUCGAUUCCCUGGCAGCUCCUCGACGCCGGCCAAGUUUUGGGAUCUCCUCAGCAAACCAAAACAUGUUGGCUCUCCAGUUCCAAAAGACCGAUUCGACGGUGAUGCUUUCUACAAUACUCGGAGCGCGAACCACGGGACGACCAACGCCAGCGAGUCCUAUUUUCUUCGCGAAAAUGUGGCUGCGUUCGACGCCUCUUUCUUCAAUAUCUCGGCGCGAGAAGCCGAGUCCAUAGAUCCCCAACAACGUGUUCUGCUGGAGACGGUCUACGAGACCGUCGAGGCAGCCGGUCUGCGGCUGGAAGAUCUCAGGGGAUCGCCUACAGGUAUCUUCUGCGGUGUUAUGUGUGACGACUAUCAGACAAUCCAGCAGCGCGACGUCUCAGAGCUACCGCAUUACACGGCUACAGGAACGGCGCGAUCGAUCAUCUCAAAUCGCGUCUCCUACUUUUUUGACUGGCACGGCCCCUCUAUGACUAUUGAUACCGCCUGCUCAUCUAGCCUGGUUGCCCUGCAUUUGGCGGCCAAGGCAUUGCACGACGGUGACUGCCGCGUCGCAGUCGCCUCUGGGACAAAUCUGAUACUGGCCCCGAACAUGUACAUUUCCGAGUCCAAGUUGAGUAUGUUAUCGCCGCGCGGUCGCAGCCGUAUGUGGGAUGCCGGCGCAGAUGGCUACGCGCGUGGCGAGGGUGUCGCAGCUGUGGCCCUCAAGCGUCUCAGCGACGCUAUCUCGGACGGCGAUGCUAUUGAAUGCAUUAUUCCUGCUACAAAUAUCAACCAGGAUGGGCGCAGUAUGGGUAUCACGAUGCCCUCUUCCGCUGCCCAAACCGAUCUUAUUCGGGCAACCUACCGGAAAGCUGGCCUAGACCCAGCCAGCCCCCGUGAUCGAUGCCAGUAUUUCGAAGCCCACGGGACGGGAACCCCAGCCGGCGAUCCCCAAGAAGCGUCUGCGAUACAUGCGGCUUUCUUUCCCAACCCUAUUGAGGAUAAGAGCGACCCUGACAAUCAGCUGUUUGUGGGUUCAGCUAAGACCGUCGUGGGUCAUACCGAAGGCACAGCCGGGCUGGCGGCCUUAAUCAAAGGCGUAAUGAGCCUGCAGCAUGGGGUUGUGGCGCCAAACCUGCACUUCGAGCGAUUGAACCCAGCCAUUGAGCCCUAUACCCGCCACCUGCGUGUCCCGACUGACUGUCAACCCUGGCCGCAGCUGCCCGAGGGCACGCCACGAAGAGUUUCGGUCAACUCCUUCGGAUUCGGCGGGACCAACGCCCAUGCGAUUCUGGAGGCGUAUAGCCCUACCUUGUCAGACAUAAGUCCGCCAGAAUGGGACGGGAUUAUCCCGUUCGUCUUCACAGCCCCGUCGGAUAAGGCUCUGGGUAGCGUUUUGGCUGCAUACGUGGACUAUUUGGACGGCCAACAAACGACCGCCGACCUGGCCGAUUUGGCAUGGACGUUGUUCCGCCGACGGACCACCUUCUCUCACCGAGUUGCCUUAUGGGCGACAUCCGCGCAGGACCUGCAAACCCGGCUGCGCGAAGAAAUCGCGCGGCGAGGGUCGAAUGAGGCUUCUACGGUGAUUUCCAAGCCUCGGACCGAGCGUCCCAAGGUAUUAGGCGUGUUUACCGGGCAGGGCGCCCAGUGGGCACAGAUGGGUCUAGAUUUGAUGCAACGGAGCCCCGACGCGGAGAUGUGGUUGGCUACCUUGCAAAUGGCUUUGGACGAUCUCCCCGACGAGUACCGGCCCGCGUACUCGAUACUAGACGAAUUAAGUGCCGGGGCAGAGAGCUCGCGGCUACACCUGGCAGAGAUCUCGCAGCCCCUGUGCACGGCCGUGCAGAUCAUCCUCGUUAAGUUUCUCCGCUCACUCGGCAUAGAUCUGAAUGCUGUAGUCGGCCACUCCUCGGGCGAAAUUGCGGCCGCCUAUGCUGCAGGUAUAAUUUCAGAAAUAGAGGCUAUUCGCAUUGCCCACCUGCGUGGGCACGUCACCUCAUUGGCCGGAUGUAACGGGCAGCCCGGUAGCAUGCUCGCCGUUGGCAUGUCGCGCGACGAGGCUGACCAGGUCUGCCAGAGUGAUGCGUAUGUGGGCCGCAUUAAACCUGCAGCGGUCAACUCGUCGUCUAGCAUCACGUUGUCGGGAGAUGCAGACGCAAUCGUGGCCCUUGAGAUGCAGUUGAAGGACGAAGGCAUUUUUGCGCGCCGCCUGAAAGUCAACAUGGCGUACCACUCGCACCAUAUGAUUCCUUGCUCCACACCUUAUCUGCGCGCACUUGAGGCUUGCCAGAUUCAGCCGCGGGAGCCAAAGGGCACGAAAUGGUUCUCGAGCGUGAAUGACGGGCGAAUUGUGGACGCUACGCAUCUAGCAGCACUUUGUGGCAGCUAUUGGUGUGACAAUAUGGUCCAGACCGUCCGAUUUGCUGAUGCUGUGGCGGAAGCCCUGCAAGAUGAUUCAUACGAUAUGAUCGUCGAGAUUGGGCCGCAUCCUGCGCUCAAAAGUCCGGUGCUAGGCACGCUUUCUGAGGCCUCAUCAACACAGCGUACUGCGCCGGCAACGCCUGUCUACACAAGUUUGUUAAAUAGAUCGACUUCCGGGACCGAGUGUGUGGCCCGCGCCAUUGGAGACAUAUACACUCACCUAGGCCCGGAUGCCGUGGAUGUCGAGUCCUAUAUGCGACAUUUCCGUGACCGACCAACUUUCCACCUGGCCAAAGGAUUGCCGUGCUAUCCCUUCGAUCACUCUAAUUCCUACUGGGCAGAAUCGCGCUAUUCUAGAGCCACCUUCCGACAGGCAGGACGUCCCAACCAACUGCUAGGAUCUUUCUGUGCAGACACCACCGACACUGCAUACCGCUGGCGCAAUUUCUUACAUACCUCGGAAAUUGACUGGUUAAGUGGACACCGUAUCCAGUCUCAGACCGUCUUUCCUGCCACUGGGUACGUGGCUAUGGCACUAGAAGCGGCCUACGUGAUCGCAGGAUCACGGCGUCUAAAGCUGUUUGACGUACGCGACUUCGUCAUCAAUAGUGCCAUCUCUCUGAGCGAGGACGAUCUCGGUAUCGAGACGCUCUUCGAGGUGAACCAGCUAGUAGAAGAGCAAGCAGACCAGCUGUCGGCUGCAUUUUCCUGCUACAGCCCUGUAGCGGGUAAAUUGCAGCUUUGCGCAUCGGCGAAAAUGAUCUUGUCGUUCGGCGGCGAAGAUGAUGCUCGCUUGCUACCUGCGCGUCAACCGGAAAAUCAAGAGCUAACAGCUGUUGACGUCGAGGCUUUCUACGAUCAUUUGAACAGCCUGGGAUACGGGUACGAUGGGCUCUUCCGCGGCAUCUCAUCUCUCGCCUGGAAGCCGAAUAUUAGCCACGGGCGUCUGUAUAACGCCUGCCAGUUGGAUCCCGCAAGCCCACUGGCAAUGCACCCGGCUUUGAUGGAUCUCCUGUUACAAGGCAUGUUAGCGGCCGUAGGAAAGCCGGGAAAUGAGAAGCUCUACACCUUUCAUAUCCCCGUCAGUAUUGGUCGGAUUCUUGUCAACCCGACAUUCUGCGGACCGGCUGCCGCCAAGCUGGACCAUGAGUUGCCGUUUGAGGCUACUCUGACUACCAUUGGCCGCGAAGGUGCUGUAGGAGAUGCGGCGCUAUUUGACGCGGUAGGCCACGGCCUGAUGCACAUGGAAAAUAUUGUGGUGACACCACUGAUGCGUGCUACCGCGGCCGAUGAUCAGCAACGUUUCUUCGGCGAGCAUUGGUUCCCACUUCUCCCGGAUCUCUCGGAAUUCCCGCCGUAUCUUACAGGCCAUGAAAGCUACCGUUGUACCGUGGCCGAGCAAUUAGCUUUUGUUUACUUGCGUGAAGUACAAGCACAGCUGACGCCUGAAGACCGUGCGCAGCUGGACUGGCAUGGUCAUCGGGUGGUCGCCUGGAUCGACCAUGUUCUGGCUUCGACGCAACAGGGCAAGCACCCUGUCUGUCGGCCGGGGUGGCUCGAUCUGUCUCUUGAAGAGAUAACGGCGGAGUCGACACGCCUCGCGAAUCCUACGGAGGAAGCCCUCAUGAAGGUGGUGGGCCAGAACCUGCUGCGCUUCCUGCGCCAUGAAACCACCAUUCUGCAGGAGCUGCGGGAGAGUGGGCUGUUAUCUGCAAUCUAUAAGGAGACAGGGGAGCUAGCGCACUUCAACCAAGGUGUAGCUGACGUAGUGGAGCAGCUGGCGAUGCGAAUGCCUCAUAUGAAGAUUCUAGAGGUCGGCGGUGGCUCCGGCUCCGCGACGAAGGCCGUGCUCAGUCGCUUAAAAAACACAUUCUAUUCAUAUACUUUCACAGAUAUUUCGGCCGGAUUCUUCGAACAGACACAAGCUAGCCUGCAGCACCUCUCCGACAGGAUUACCUACCAAGUGCUUGAUAUCGAGCGAGACCUUCAGGCCCAGGGGGAAGAGUUCAAGCCUCAGUCAAUGGACCUGGUCAUCGCAGCCAACGUUCUCCAUGCCACGCGUGACUUGCGACAGACACUCUCCCAUGUGAGGUCUCUGCUGAAGCCAGGCGGCUAUCUAGUGCUCCUCGAGGGUGCCAACCCCGACGUCUUGCGCCUGUCCUUCACGAUGGCCGGUUUUGAGGGCUGGUGGCUGGGUGAACAGGACGGCCGCCCCUUCGGCGCGAUGACCACACCCACACGGUGGGAUCAUCUGCUACAGGAAACGGGAUUCUCCGGAAUCGACACCAUCACUGGUGGCCACGACGACGGAAUGACCGGGUUCUCUGUCUUCUUGUCGCAAGCUGUCGAUGAUCAAAUCCGGCUCGUGCGCGACCCGCUGGCAACAGGUCUUCCGAUGGUGUCUCCGUCCCAAGACCUGGUCCUUGUUGGUGGAGCUACCCUCGCCACUUCGAGGUUGGUCAGCCGCUUACGCAGCCUCUUGCAGCCAUUCUUCCGGGGGAUAACAUGUGUUGAAACCCUGCAGACCCCGGUGGAUGUUUCUCCGGAGCAUUCAGUCACCGUGGUCAACAUGUCGGACCUCGAUUGUCCGUUCUUCCAGCACAUCACAGCGCAGAGCAUGCAGUCACUACAAAAUCUGACUACCGCUGCGCAGAACCUGCUCUGGGUAACAGCCGGCUCAGACGCCGAUAAACCACACCAGAGUAUGAGCCAGGCGCUGCUGCGAUGUCUGCUGUACGAGAACUCGCACGCCCGCUACCGACAUCUGAGUAUCGAAAACGAGCGUGCAGUGGACGCCCGCUCCAUCGCGGAAUGCCUAUUGGGACUUGUACUACCUGAAUUCGAUAAUGAUUAUCGCAUGCAACGAGCCACGUGGACCAUCGAGCCUGAGCUCCGUCUGCAAAAAGACGGCGUGAUGACGUUCCCCCGAAUUUUGGCGGACGACGCCAUGAAUCAGCGAAUUAUGUCACAGAGACGUCGCAUUGACCGUGAAGCCGAUUUGACUCGGUCAAAUGUUGUGGUGACGCGACGAGAUGGGGCCUAUGAGCCUCUUGCGUCUGCUCUGCCCCCAGCAACACCACGACCAGGUGACUCUGUCAUCGCCGUCAAGGCGUCGACCUUAACGGCACGGCGUGUCCCAGGAUCCGGGUUCCUAUAUGUCGUCGUCGGACAAGACCUACAGGCCCAAGAAACGGUGGUCGCUUUCACAAAAGACUUGGCCGCAGUAGUGUCAACCCCGUCAUCGUGGGUUAUCCCGUGCACAGAAUCGUACACCAACACCAGCGACAUCUGCAGUUUCCUGGCGACCUUGGCCGACUCGCUCGUGGCGAUUGAUCUGGCAGAGAAUACGCCCCCUUGGACUUCGCUGCUGGUGCACGAGGCGAACGAGCGCAUGCGAUCUGUAAUUCAAACUGAGGUGAGACAGCGACAAGCCGCUGCUUAUUUCACUACGACGCGUGCGGAGAUCGCACACAGCAACCCGGAUGUAAAUCUAAUUCACCCACUCGCGCCGAUCAGAACUCUCGCGCAGGCUCUGCCGCAGAACAUAUCUCUGUUGGCGCAGUUCGAUCAGGACAAGUCGGACCAGCUCUUCGGCCGGCUUGCCACCGUGGCCGGACAAAGGGGCUUUGUUCACCAGGAGAGUCUUGAAUCCUUCCAGAAGACUGACGCAGUGAUUCCCUCACCGUCGAAAAUGGAAUCAGUUGCGCUUCGACUUGAGCAUGCCAUGAGCCUCUGCGCUGGGGAAAUUACCGGCAAGACUGACAAUUCCAUAGAGAUGGAUGUCGUGCCAGUACACUCAGUCUCAGCGCAUCCCGUGAAUCUGUCGCGAACACAGAUCUUGGACUGGCAAGCUUCCGCCGGAGUACCUGUGAGUGUGCAGCCAGCGAGUAGCGAGGUCACGUUGGCAGCUGAGAAGACGUAUCUGUUGGUCGGGAUGACCGGAGACCUGGGUAUUUCUAUCUGCGAGUGGAUGGUAUCCAAAGGUGCACGCAACGUCGUCUUGACAAGCCGUCAGCCACAGACUAAGCAAUCCUGGAUCGACUCCAUGGCAAAGAUUGGGGCGCAGAUUGUUACCAUGUCAAUGGAUGUGACUGAUCGCGAUGCGGUCUCAAAAGUGGCUCAGCGCAUACAAGACACGCUGCCCCCCAUUGGGGGUAUCGUGAACGGCGCAAUGAUUCUGCAGGAUCAGCUCUUUGCUAACAUGCCCCUUGAGAGUAUGGAGAGAGUCCUCCGACCCAAGGUUACAGGCACUAUAUUGCUCGACGAGGUUUUUACGGGCGCCGACCUGGAUUUCUUCAUCUGUUUUGGGUCGCUGACCGGACUCGCUGGUAACAACGGGCAGUCGGCAUAUGCGGCGGCAAACACUUUCAUGACCAGCUUCAUCCACGGCCGGCGCAAGCGUGGUCUGGUUGGCAGCACCAUUAACCCCGGAGAGAUCCGUGGCGUGGGGUACGUGGCGCGCACGUCUAAUGAGCUGGUGCAGCUGUUGCGCAACGCUAUCGGCGACACCUCCAUUAGCGAAGGGGAGCUGAACGAGCUGUUCGCUGAAGCCAUUCUGGCCAGCCCUCCAGACUCUGGACGCGAGGCGGCCCCUGUGGCCGGCUUUCCCUCCGUGAACCCGGAGGAGCAGCCAGGCAUUAUAUGGUUAAAGACUCCCAGAGCCUGGCGACAGUUGCUGUAUUCUGGAGCGACAUCGGCGGAAGCCAAGGAUGGCGACACAGUCUCGCUGAAACAGCAACUCGCGUCCGCAGGCUCCGAGGAGAAGGCCUAUCAUGUCAUCGAGGAUGCCCUUUUGACCAAGGUCGGCAUCAAGUUGCAGCUUCCUGAUGAUGCGGAGGUCACGGUCGAUCAUUCGCUCAUGGAGCUGGGCGUGGAUUCGCUGGUUGCUGUGGACUUGCGCACCUGGUUCGUCAAGGAACUUGGGGUAGAUAUCCCCGUCAUCAAACUGCUGAAUAGUGCAUGUAUUGGUGAGCUGAUUGACUAUGCAUUGACGAAACUCCCGAAAGAGCUGCUUCAAGCAAGUAGCGACUCGACGGACGAACCGAAAGCCUCCCAAUCAACCGGCUCGAAUCGUCAGCUGGCAGCACCCACAAAGGCAGAGGGCCCGCAAAAUUCGCAGAAUACCGAGCAACCGGAUUUCGAGCGAAGAGACAGUGGAAUCUCCAUAGAAACGGAGACAGAAUCUUCUGCUUCGCCUGAAAUUUUUACUCCCAUGAGAGAAGAUGCCCCCUCGGCCGGCGGGUCGUCGACGCCCCCAACGGGAGGUCAGCUGUCGCCAGCCCUAAAAUUCUCGCGCAUCGAGAAACUGUCCUACGCGCAGUCCCGAUUCUGGGUCCUGCAGCAGCUGCGGUCCGAUAAGACGUACAGCAACAUCACCUUCAAGUUGGGAUUCAGUGGUUCGAUUGAUGUGGCCCGGCUUCGCGCAACUGUGGAACAAAUUGGAGAGAGGCAUGAGAUCCUUCGCACCUGCUAUCUUCAUGGCAACGAGGGCCCCUAUCAGGCCAUUCUCGCUUCGUCGCCCUUACGCCUGAAUGUUGUCCAUGUUGAUAGCGAGGCAGAAGUUCGCGACAUGUAUCUCGGCCUGCGGCAGCACGUCUUCGAUCUCGAGAGCGGUGACAACAUCCGGAUGAGCUUGGCCAUCACGCCCAAGAACCAGCAAUUCCUGCUGAUCGCUUUCCACCACAUAUGCCUUGACGGUCUCAGCUUCCAACUUCUUAUUGGGGAACUGGAACGUGCUUACAUGCAACAGACCCUGCCUCCUAUGUCGCGGCAAUAUGCGGACUAUGCGGCGGCGCAGCGAGCAAGUUACGAGGCCGGUCAAGUGUCCAAGGACAUAGCAUACUGGCGCCAGGAAUUUACAACAUUUCCUAAUCCCAUUCCGCUGUUUCCCAUGACUCGCGUGCCCGCGCGUACAGUGCUCACGGAUCAUCCAAGAGAGGACGUACGAAUCGAGUUACCAUCCUCGAUUAUGGGAGCUGUCCAGAGUCUCAGCAAGCGCAUGCGCAUCACACCAUUUGGCAUCUUCCUGGCUGUCCUUCGCAUUUUUCUCGCCCGCCUAACACAGUCCACCGACUUUUGUAUAGGCAUCUCCGACGUGCAUCGCAUCGAGGAGGAGGAUGAGCGACUUAUUGGUCUAGUCCAGAAUCUGCUGCCCUUACGAUUCAUCGGCAGCCUGGAGGAGCGGAGCUUCCGUGAGGUGCUCUUGCAUACACAAACCAAAGCGCGGGGCGCGCUGGCGCAUUCACGUGUGCAGUUCGACCGACUUCUGGAUGAGCUGGCUGCGCCACGUUCAGGCUCCCACAGUCCUCUGUUCCAGGUGAUGCUGGACUGGCAGCCUUCCAGUGCCGAGAAACGUCGGUUCGCAGGCUUGAAUAUUGACGUGCAAGAAUGGACCAUCAAUAAGACGGCUUUUGAUAUGGUGCUCUCCGUCAUGGAUUCUGGUCACGGGACAUCCGUCCUCAACUUCCAUCUGCAGCAGGCUCUUUUUACUCGCGAUGCGGCCCACCUUGUUGCUCAUAGUUUUAUAUCCCUGUUAGAAGAACUUGUGUCCUCUGAUCCCGUCCAAACCGUCACAGGACCUUCGCUCUAUCCGCGCACAGACGUAGAGGGCGCGCUUGUCCUCGGACGAGGACCCGAAAUGCCGGGACAGUGGCAGCCUACACUCUCCCGGCAUAUUGCAGAGAUCGCGCGUGCCAGUUCGGAUCAAAUGGCCGUCAUCAACCCCGUUAGUGGCCACGGACUCACAUAUGCUGCACUGAUGCACCGCUCGAACGUUGUGGCAAGCCAUCUGGCCGAGCUCGGCGUUGGACCGGCAUCCACUGUGUGCCUGUUCCAGCAGCCAACGGAGAGUUGGAUCGUCUGCAUGCUCGCAAUCUGGCGUCAUGGAGCUGUCUAUGUCCCACUAGACGUGAAUAGCCCGCGAGAACGUUUGGAAAUUGCCAUAGAAGACUGUCAGCCGCAAGUUAUCGUCUGCGAUGACGACACCGAGCCUGUUCUUCAGAAAAUGUCUGUGACUGACCACUCGUCCAUUCUAAACACCACCGCACUAAACAUGGACGCGAGCCCUACUGCCAGAGAGAUAGCAGAUGCCUCAUCUGCGCAUGCCUGUGCGGUGAUUCUCUACAGCAGUGGGACCACUGGUCGGCCGAAGGGCUUUCAACUCAGUCACGCCAACCUGCGGAAUCAGCUCGAGGGCUUCACGCACCAAUGCGGACUCCAGGCUCCCGUGGUGCUACAACAAGGCGCCACAACGUUCGACAUCUCGCUCGAGCAGGCGCUUACCGGCCUCACAACCGGCGGUCGAGUUGUGAUUGCGCCCCGAUCCGUCCGCGGCGAUCCUACGGCCCUAGCUCGCAUUAUUUUAAACCAGCGCAUCACCUGCACCAUGGCCACCCCAUCGGAAUAUCUUUUGUGGAUGCAGCACGCUUCAGAAAUUCUGAAGGCCGCCUCUGAUACCUGGACAAUGGCUUUCAGUGGCGGCGAGGCCUUCCCGGGGAGUCUUCCGGCUGCGUUUGCGGACCUACAGCUGGACCAUCUCUGUCUCAUCAACUUCUACGGGCCGGGCGAGACAACAAUCGCAUCCCACCAGAUUCAAGUGGACUAUCGACGACAGGAUGGCAGCUCCUUCGAAGGGACCGUCAUCCCGGUCGGUCAUGCACUGCCAAAUUACACAACUUAUAUCGUGGAUACGAAGGGAAACCCUGUCCCCACGGGAAUAUCAGGGGAGAUUGUGAUUGGUGGUGCUGGCCCAUGUCUUGGGUAUUUGCACCUCGACACGCUCACUCAAACGCAAUUUGUGCACGACCGAUAUGCCACCCCCGCGAACACCGCGCAGGGCUGGACGCGAGCGUAUCGCACCUCCGAAAAGGGUCACCUAUUGCAGAACGGCGCGUUGGUCCUGGAAGGCCGACUUGAUGGCGACUCACAGGUCAAGCUGCGCGGAAUGCGCAUGGACCUUGGCGACAUAGAGAAUGCGAUUCUCUGCACAGCACGCGGGGCCCUAAACCGAGUGGUCGCGACUCUGCGUGACGCCGUCGACGGGUCCUCUUUCCUCGUGGCACACGCUGAGUUUGCCCCGGAGUCCACAAUAUACGACAAGGAAAUCUUCCUCCGCCAGAUUCGGACGACAUUGCCUCUUCCUCAGAACAUGCGGCCGUCGUUAAUUGUCCCAGUCGAGACUAUGCCGACUACAGCGCAUGGUAAACUUGAUCGAAGAGUAAUCAUGGAACUAUCACUGCCAGAGCGCAAGCGGUCAAGCCUGACGGUCGAUCCAUCGGUGUUGGCGACGACCAAUGACUGGGUAGGAAAGAUUGGUGCGCUGUGGGGAGAGACGUUGGAAGGAACGUUGAGUGAUUUGUCCGAUCUGGAUGAGGACACAGAUUUCUUUCUAGCAGGAGGGAAUUCCAUUUUGCUGGUUCGACUACAGGUGCUUCUUGCCCGGAGAUUCGAUGCGAAGAUCCCCUUGAUCGACCUGGUUGAAGGAAGCACGCUGGGCGAAAUGGCCGAAGCAGCUCGUUCUGCUGCCGCCGGAGCUUCAGGUGCUGAAAUUCCGACCGAGACCGAGGCUCUGGAAGUGUCUUGA